AUGACCACAUACACAGACAAAGGAGAAAAGCAUGAACAAGGAAAGUUCCUCUGCUUUGACCAUCUAACCUUCUGGGUUGGAAAUGCCAAACAGGCUGCAUCAUAUUAUUGUAACAAAUUGGGGUUCGAGCCGUUGGCGUACAAGGGUCUGGAGACUGGCAGCCGGGAUGUUGUUUCCCAUGUUGUCCGACAAGGAAGGAUCAUUUAUGUCUUCUCAUCAGCCCUUAAUCCUGGAAACAAAGAGAUGGGGGAGCAUUUGGUGAAGCAUGGAGAUGGAGUGAAGGACAUUGCAUUCACAGUGGAGGACUGUGACUUUCUGGUGCAGAAAGCCCGGGAACGUGGUGCAGUAAUAAUAAAGGAGUCGCAUGUCUCAGAGGAUAAGUUUGGGAAAGUAAAAAUGGCUGUGCUUCAAACGUAUGGAGACACCACACAUACUUUUGUGGAGAGAAUGGGGUACAGUGGUUUAUUUCUGCCGGGGUUUCAGCCACCUCUGUUCAAAGACCCUCUCUUAACCAAACUGCCCGAUGGUAAAUUAAACUUUAUAGAUCAUGUUGUGGGGAAUCAACCGGAUGAUGAGAUGGUCCCAAUAGUGGAAUGGUAUCAGAGGAACCUUCUCUUUCACCGCUUCUGGUCAGUGGAUGACAAGCAGCUCCAGACAGAGUUCAGUGCCCUGAGAUCUAUUGUUGUGGCAAACUAUGAAGAGACAGUCAAAAUGCCCAUCAAUGAACCUGCUAUGGGGAAGAGGAAGUCUCAAAUCCAGGAAUAUGUGGAGUACUAUGGAGGUGCUGGUGUUCAACAUAUAGCCAUGAACACAUCAGACAUAAUCACUGCAAUUCAAAACCUAAAGGAGCGCGGGAUGGAGUUCAUGUCUGUUCCUGAAACCUACUAUCAACAACUAAGGGAAAAUUUGAAAUUUUCCAAAGUUAAAAUCCAUGAAGAUUUGGAUGUUCUGCAGAAGCUGAGGAUUUUAGUGGAUUUUGACGACAAUGGCUACCUCCUCCAGAUCUUUACAAAACCAGUUCAGGACCGUCCCACUGUGUUCUUAGAAGUCAUUCAGAGACACAACCACCAGGGAUUUGGAGCUGGAAACUUCAAGUCACUUUUUGAAGCAAUUGAGGCAGAGCAACAUGCCAGAGGAAAUCUGACAAUUCUGACCCCCAAUGGUGUAACCAAAGGCAUGUAA